UCACGACAGUGUAUUAAUACUCGGCCUCGUCGUCUUCCUCCAGACAGAAAUCGUCUUCGUAUAAGGAGGUUGUUACGAACGAAGUGUCGCCUGCGGCAUUUAUAAAGUUUUAUCUACCGACGACGUAAAGUUAGUAGGAGAUGGCCCGUACCAAGCAGACCGCCCGUAAAUCCACUGGAGGUAAAGCUCCGAGGAAGCAGCUCGCUACCAAGGCGGCCAGGAAGAGCGCCCCCUCCACCGGCGGAGUGAAGAAGCCCCAUCGUUACAGGCCCGGCACUGUGGCCCUGAGGGAGAUCCGUCGUUACCAGAAGUCCACCGAGCUGCUGAUCCGCAAGCUGCCCUUCCAGCGCCUGGUGAGAGAAAUCGCCCAGGACUUCAAGACCGAUCUGCGCUUCCAGAGUGCUGCCAUCGGAGCUCUUCAGGAGGCCAGCGAGGCUUACCUGGUGGGCCUGUUUGAGGACACUAACCUGUGCGCCAUCCACGCCAAACGUGUCACCAUCAUGCCCAAAGACAUCCAGCUGGCUCGCAGGAUAAGGGGAGAGAGGGCCUGAGCGACCGACGGCGACGGGGUCCUAUUUAUCAUGCAUAACCAUUUUGUGGACAUUUUUUGUUUUUCGGGUUUUUAUAAGUUCUCCUUGAAUUUUGUAUUUUAGAUGAGACGAAACGUCGACCAUUCCACACGCCCGACUACACUUUAGGGUAGAGUGUCUACAUAUUUCCACCAUGGCUCAUUAUUAUACUAGAUGUACAUUACUGCACCACUCGUGGGUGUUCCUUCUGGGGAUGGAGUAGUCUUUGAAGUGAGCACAAGAUCUUCACAUCUUCCACGGGAGGGGACGGGUUUCUUUAGCCAUCUACCAUUUAUCUCAAUGCCAGCCGGUCGUGCUCAACUCACAGCAGUGUCAGGGUAUUGGCUACCUCUAUACUUGGGUGACACGGAGCACGGCAGACCCCUCUGUAUUUUCUGGACAGCUUUUUACAUGUUUUUCCAACAUAAAAUCUUGGCAGCUACAUUUAAUACUAUUUAUGAACUGUUGUCACAUGUCUUUCUAUUAAAGGUCUUUAUGAGUAGAA